UUGUGGGUGCGGGGAGUGGAAUUUUGGAACGAAAUGUAGCAAAGAGAAGUACAGUAGUAAGAGUAAGACCUGAGGUGCGGCCGGCCGUGGGGGCGCGCCGGGGAGCCGGGGACGCUGCACCCCGGUUUAUGAUCGCAGGGGACCCCAGUCCGUCAAAGCAGCAGAGGGAGGAGACGCCUGAGGACGCGCCCCGGCCCGGUCCACGUUCUCCUCAGGAAGCUGGACUCUAUGGGGCGGGACCCCGAAAGGCACUGAGCAGACGCUGGAGCCAGCCCCGAACCCCUGAACCUCGACUCAGGGGCGCCCCGGGAGCAUCCCCCCGUGGGCGCGCCACCUUCCCUCCGCGCAGCCAUGAGUGAGACGGUCAUCUGCUCCAGUCGGGCCACUGUAAUGCUUUAUGAUGAUGGCAGCAAGCGAUGGCUCCCUUCUGGCACAGGUCCCCAGACCUUCAGCCGCGUCCAGAUCUACCACAACCCCACCGCCAACUCCUUCCGAGUCGUCGGCCGCAAGCUGCAACCAGACCAACAGGUGGUUAUCAACUGUGCCAUUGUCCGGGGUGUCAAGUACAAUCAGGCCACCCCCAUCUUCCAUCAGUGGCGAGAUGCCCGCCAGGUCUGGGGCCUCAACUUUGGCAGCAAAGAGGAUGCUGCCCAGUUUGCAGCCGGCAUGGCCAGCGCCUUAGAAGCUUUGGAAGGUGGCGGGCCUCCCACAAUCCCAGCACCCCCUGCCUGGUCAGCCCAGAAUGGGCCCUCUCCAGAGGAGCUGGAACAGCAGAAGAGGCAGCAGCCCAGCCAACCAGAGCACAUGGAGCGCCGGGUAUCUAAUGCAGGAGGCCAACCUGCUCCCCCAGCCGGGGGGCCACCCCCACCUCCAGGACCCCCCCCUCCACCAGGUCCCCCUCCACCCCCAGGUCUGCCCCUCUCAGGGGUCUCAGCUGCAGGGCAUGGAGCAGGGGGAGCUCCACCCCCUGCACCCCCUCUCCCUACAGCACAGGGCCCCAGUGGUGGGGGCUCCGGGGCCCCGGGCCUGGCUGCAGCCAUUGCAGGAGCCAAACUCAGGAAAGUGAGCAAGCAAGAAGAGGUCUCUGGGGGGGCCUCAGUCUCCAGGACUGAGAGCAGUCGAAGCACUGGUGGUGGGGGGCUCAUGGAAGAGAUGAACGCCAUGCUGGCCCGGAGAAGGAAAGCCACACAGGUUGGGGAGAAGCCCCCCAAAGACGAGUCAGCCAGUCAGGAGGAGCCAGAGACGCGAGUUCCUGUCCAGAGUGAACCUGUGCGGAGACCCUGGGAGAAAAACAGCACAACACUGCCAAGGAUGAAGUCCUCAUCUUCUGUGACUACCUCAGAGGCCCACCCCUCUACGCCCAGCUCCAGUGAUGACUCUGACUUGGAGAGAGUGAAGCAGGAGCUUCUGGAAGAGGUGCGGAAGGAACUGCAGAAAGUGAAAGACGAGAUCAUUGAGGCCUUUGUCCAGGAGCUGAGGAAGCGGGGUUCCCCUUGACCACAAGGACCCAGAAGACCCACUCUCUGCACACCCGCCUGUCAACUGCUUUCCCUGCCUCAGCUUGACAAGGAAAAUUGGCUGAAGACUACACAGGAAUGCAUUCUCCCACCCCUCCCACUUGGAAGCUUCCAAGGGGUGUGGCUUUCCUCGUGCCACGCCCAUGUCCAUACUGGCUGCUGAUUGGCUAGGGAGGCCCCAUCCCUUUACUCCCUUUGGUCCUUCCCCUCUUCCAUUGGGCUGGUUCCUUUUCUGGGGAUGUACCAAGUAACCCCACAGUAAGGGGGAGGGAGGAAGGAGGGAAUGACACAUUCCCUUUUCUAGAUUCACUUUAACGCUUUAAUGCCUUGGAAUUUUUUUUUUAAGAAAAAAAAAA